AUGUCGCGAAAUCGCGUGAUCGGGAAGAAGGGACGACUGCCAUGGUCCAUUCCUGAGGACUUCGCGUACUUUUUGGAUGCAGUGAGAGGCGAUGUUUGCAUCACCGGCCGGAAGUCCUAUGCAGAGUUUGGCAGUGCCAUUCCUGGUGCAGGUCUUCACAUCGUCCUAUCCAAGCAAGGUUUUGCAUGUCCAGAUGCUGUGGUUCAGCCUUCGCUGGGCGCAGCGCUGCACGUCGCGAAAGAUUGCCAGGCCAAAAAUGUGUGGAUUGCUGGUGGCACAUCUGUGUACAGGGAGUCUUUCCCCAUUGCAGAUGAGUUCUGGGCAACUCUUAUUCAUGAAGACAUGGAUGGCGACACAUUUUUCCCAGCAAACUGGCAGCAGCAUUUCCCAGAGGAGGUCAGCCGGCGGAGCAGCUCGGACGCAAACUUCCGCUACGAUUUUGUGAUCUACAGACGACGAUUAUCAUAA